AUGGAGCACUCGGAUCACCCCCAUGACCUAGACGGGUCUUCGUAUGACUAUGGGUUUCUGUACAGUCAUGAAACUUCCAUGAUGGAACGACCGCCAUCGAGUACGAUCCCGACAGCCUUUUCAGUCUCGGAUUGGCCAGCUCCUGAUCUCAGUAUCUCCAGUCUGCCCAGCUACGAAGUUGUUGAGGACAUACAUUACACUGAACUGUCACCGGAAGCUGGUUACUAUCUUCCUUACUCACAAUUGACAGGCGAUCUGCCCUUUGGCCAGUAUUAUGACUUCGGUGAUCCCAUCCCAGGUAACAGCACCCGACAACCCCUCAAUGACGAUGCAGUGGACUUAGCGGCUUCACAACUUGGACAUCUCCCAAUCUCGCCGGUGUCGCAGGAUGCAUCCAGCUAUCAGAACCUACCCGGCCCAACCACGAAGCAAACCUACGAAUGCCUUGCGCCGGGAUGCAGCCAAAAGUCAUUCAGCCGCUCAGCCGAUCUUGACCGACACUACAAGCAGGUGCACAUUCCCGAAGACGAGAAAAGAAAGUACCGCUGCGACUACAAGAAAUGCCUUCGCCACGAAGCACCCUUCGGUCGUCUAGACCACCUUAAGGAGCAUCUCCGUGACUUCCACAAGGAAGAUCUCAUAUCGCGACCCAAAAGACAGGAUGCACAGUGGUGGGAAAGCCGCGCACCACGUGCAGUUUUCAACGGAUGGUGGCGCUGUAAUAGAUGUCUGGUGGUGCGCGUUGACAUUGAGACCGACGGUUACACCUGCCCAGCCUGUGGCGAUCCUUGCGAGAGUGAUAGAGUCAGGGUUCGAGAAGCCGCAGCUGGGAUGUCUCAACCAAGAUAG